AGUUUUACUUACCGUUCUCGCAGGGUUCCGCUCGGAAGCGAGAACCUGUUUUAUGCAACCAGAAGUUUACGGAGUAAUCAGUCGAUCCUUCACCAGAGCUCGUUGUGCCUAUCACUCUAUAUAAAGCAGUCAACAACAUGAACACUAUUAACACUAGGGACGUUACGGGGAUGCUUGUCGAGAAGGAGGACUUCACCACCUUGCACAAGAGUCCGUCUAGAGGAUCGGACCUCUCUGAGACUACAGCGACUAGUAGUGAGUUCUUGGCAUCUCCCGAUGAUGAUAGUAAGAAGGUGAGCAAGUGGGAUUUGAAGACGCAGACACCUCAUGGUGGCCAGGAGUGGUCGGAGAUUAGUAAUCUUGUCGAGGAUUUCUCGGUCACGACCAAUGGACUCGGGCCGGUACCAGAAGCACUGGAAGCUGCUAAGGAGGCGCUGCUCACUAUUGAGCAUUACCCUCCGAGUGACUUCGAGCCUGCCAUCACUGAUCUAGCAAAGUUCCUAUCUCCCGAAGACUGUUCUGACACUCGCUCUCGCUUGCUAUUGGGCAAUGGCGCCAGCGAAAUGAUUGAUAUGAUAUCUAGACUUGCCCCGAAGGGUCCAUGGAGACCAGGCCCGUUCGCCACCCAAUACCAAGAGUACCGUCGCUCUGCUACUAAUGCUGGUCGCAACGAGCUGGCUUGGUCUGAUCUCGAUGGUGGCGCUAAGUUGACCAGUAUCGUGAAUCCAUGCAACCCCACUGGCGACUAUAUGCAUGUCGAGGAGAUGAAAGAGUACAUCAGCAAGAUGUGUGACGAUAACAGUUGGGUGGUGAUCGAUGAGUCUAUGCAGCCGUGGAUGGGUCCUGAGUGGCGCUCAGACUCUCUAACUAGUCAGAAGGAGUUCAUACAGGAGAUACAGAGAACUAGAGGCAUCAGUGUUUAUGUGAUCCACUCGUGGACCAAGAUCUGGGCUUGUCCUGGUAUCAGACUGGGUUCGGUUGUGUGUCCCACUGCAGAGGAUGCCAGUGCUAUUAAGAAGAUGCAAGUACCGUGGUCCGUAAAUGUGAUGGCGCUGCAUUACCUGUCUGCUUGCUGCAAGGCUGAGGAGUACAUGAAGAAGACCUGGAAGACGACAAUUGAGUGGAGAUCCUUCAUCGUUGAAGGACUUAGACAUCUCAACUUCCCAGGAACACACGGUGAGGCUUGGUCGUCGUGGAUCUGGAUCGAUACUGGUUCGGAGGAUCUGGCUGAGGGGAUUGUCGACGAGUGCAAGGCUGCAGGUGUACCGAUUCGUUGGGGGAAAUUCGGAUACUGCAUGCCGACCUUUAUCCGUUUGGGUGUUCGUAAGCCUUCCAGUGCGAAGGUACUCAUCAACACCAUCGAUAGAGCCGUCAAAGACUAUCGCUAUGAUCUGAAGUAGACACUGGUUUCGGUGUUUCGGGUGCAUUUGCUGAGCGGUUCCAGGCGGAAUUCGUGCAGGGAAUUCAGACACCCUUGUAGUAUAAGUAAUCAGUUUUCCUUGGGUAGCUUACCCUAUUGUGGCUUUACUUUUCUGUUCUAUCUAUCCC